AUGCGGUCGGUCCUGCGCUUCCUCUGGCCACAGGGCGUCCACCGCGACCAUGCUGACAUUGCGAGCUACUCGCCUUCCGCGGAGGCGCACCCGGAGGGGAGCGCCGGGAAGGCGUGGCCGAGCGAGAACGACGACGGGGGGAGCACCAGGUGCCCCAGCCUGGAGGUCCCGGAGCGCGACGGCGACGCACGCGACGCCUGCCUCGCGAAGGCCAUGCAGGGCAGCUGCGACGCCGACGCCGCCAUAGAGGCCUGGGGCGCCGAGCUCGGCAUAGCGAGCGGCGAUGUGACGAUCCAGACAGGGGAACGAACAUUGCAUCGCCACCGGCAGCACCUCAGAAGUCUUCUCAGGCUUCUGGAAGAGCCGCCAGGUCGCCGUGAAGCGCUUGACGGUGGACGACAAGAAGAAGGCAAACGUCUUCGUCCGGGAGCUGGGCGUGAUGUCGUGUCAGCAGCACCCGAAUUUGGUCCGCUUGUUCGGGUUCUGCCAUGACCAGGGCGUCUUCGACAUGGUGCUUGAGUUUUGCCGGGGCGGCUCCCUG